AUGACAAAAUGUGAUUCAACACUAGUGAAAUUUAACACUCAAAGUGCAUAUAAGUUCCUGGUUGAUGGUUUUCGACAUAGGGAAGGGAGCGAGAUAUGGAAACGGUUCUGGAAAGCUAAAGUUCCCCCAAACUGCUGGUUAAGCUCGCCGUUGGGUUGGCCUGCGCCUUCUGCAUCUUCUUUAAAUGAGUGGUUUUCUUUAGCCUUCUCUUCUGCUUCUGUGGAAAAUGCCUCCCUUAUGCUAAUGAUCUUAUGGGCUUUGUGGCAAAAUAGGAACAAUGUUGUAUGGAAGGGCCAGGGUCAGACUGCGAGUGGUGUGUUCUUCAUGGCUCUGAAUUUUUUGCAGCAAUGGAAAGCAGCCCGGGUCGUAUUCUCAGUAAGCACCAUUAUCGACCCGGCUCGCCCGAUCUGGUCUCCUCCGCCGCACGGUUGGAUCAAGGCGAACAUUGACGCCUCUUUAAGCUUGCAACGAGGUUCGAUAGGUUUCGGUUGUGUAAUCCGGAAGGAUGAUGGGAGUUUUGUGGCUGCUAGAGCAGGCUCUUUUUAUAGCCAGAUGGAUGCAAAGUGUGCUGAAGCUAUAGCAUUCCGGGAAGCAUUAAGCUGGAUUAAAGAGUGUGGAUGGGAUCGAGUUCUUUUUGAAUUGGAUAUUCAGAUCUGCGAAUGA